AUUACGUUGCCUUGCGAAGAAGAUGCAGAUAGAGGAUUGAGAUGGCCCACAAACCCAUCUCUAAUUUGUAGACCUUCCUUCCGGUCUUCGGUCCUUUGCCUCUUCCAGUUAGCCUCCUCUCCUACUGUGUAUUUCUUGUCAAUCUGUUCUUCAAUGGCUUCCAAUUUGCAGAAGGAUUCCACUGCGUCCGAUGAGAAAUCGACUUUGACAUCGGAGAGUAAAAGUCCGAAACCAGAAGCAUCCACCAAUGAGAAUAAAACUUCGAAACCAGAAGCUUCCACUGGGGAGUCAAAACAAGCACGGGCUGGAGCUUCCCCUGCCCCUGUGGGACCAGGGUUUGUCCCACACAAUCCAUUUGAUUUCUCGGCCAUGAGUAGCUUUCUUGAGGAUCCAAGCAUCAAGAUGCUAGCUGAGCAGAUAGCAAAAGAUCCUUCAUUUAACCAAAUGGCAGAGCAGCUCACUAAAACGUUUCAAGGGGCAGCGGCUGAAGAGUGUAUACCGCAGUUUGAUGCUCAGCAAUACCAUUCAACUAUGCAACAGGUUAUGCAGAAUCCCCAGUUUAUGACCAUGGCUGACCGCCUUGGUAAUGCAUUAAUGCAGGAUCCAGCUAUGUCUAGCAUGCUUGACAGUUUGACUAAUCCUCAACACAAAGAUCAGAUUGAGGAAAGGAUGUCACGAAUCAAAGAAGAUCCAUCAUUGAAACAUAUUCUAGAAGAAAUAGAGACUGGUGGACCCGCAGCAAUGAUGAGGUACUGGAAUGAUAAAGAGGUUCUGCAGAAGUUGGGUGAAGCAAUGGGUCUUGCAGUUUCAGGAGAUGUGGCCACUUUUGCUGGUAACUCUGUGGCUGAUGAAGGUGAUGAAGUAGGAAAUGAGGAUGAGUCAAUUGUACAUAAUUGUGCUAGUGUUGGUGAUGUUGAGGGUCUGAAAACUGCACUAGCCUCUGGUGCUGACAAGGAUGAAGAAGAUUCAGAGGGAAGGACAGCAUUACAUUUUGCAUGUGGAUAUGGCGAGGUGAAAUGCGCUCAAAUCCUUCUUGAAGAUGGAGCAACAGUGGAUGCAUUGGACAAGAAUAAGAAUACUGCACUUCAUUAUGCAGCUGGUUAUGGAAGGAAAGACUGUGUGGCCCUUCUUCUGGAGAAUGGCGCUGCUGUCACUCUCCAAAACAUGGAUGGCAAGACUCCCAUUGAUGUUGCCAAGCUCAACAAUCAGCAUGAGGUACUAAAGUUGCUCGAGAAGGAUGCCUUCCUGUGAGUUGGGAGGGGACAAUGGCAUGUGUAUGUCUGAGUCUAGCAUGUUAUAGGCAUUUUAUUGUGCUAUUAGACAAAUUUGCUUUGAUCAGUAUGGGUUUGUGAUCACAGACGGAUGUGUUGUAUAUGCUGUCUUUGCUGCUCUCAGGUUGCUACAUUUAGAAAUUUUUUAUAAAAUUAGUGUUUUAAUUUAUUUUC